AUGGUGGUCAGCACCGGGCCCUGCUGCUGCUGCUGUCCCUGCCUGCCCCGAAUCACCAUGAGCAAGAGAAAGCUUCAACUGAUGAUGCUGGGGACUUUCCAGUACGCGUUCUGCAGGGUGUUCGCCGUCUUCCUGGGGCUGGUCCUGUUCACUGAUGGGAACUACAACCCUGCUGACAUCUCGGCAGAGAGUGUGGCCCUCUGGAUCAACACGCUGGUUGGUGUCUCCACACUCUUUGGGCUGUGGGCCCUGGGCAUCCUCUUCCGACAGGCCCGGCUGCACCUGACCGAGCAGAACAUCAAAGCCAAGUUCUCCUGCUUCCAGAUCCUCCUCCUCCUGACGGCACUGCAGCCCGCCAUCUUCAGCAUCCUGGCCAACAACGGCAACAUCGCCUGCUCGCCACCCUUCUCCUCCAAGGCCAGGUCACAACAGAUGAACAUGCAGCUGUUGAUCCCCCAAACCUUCAUCUUGGCGGUGGUGACCCGUAUGUACUACCGCAAGCAGGACGACAAGCCGGGCUACCAGCCCGUCAGCUUUCCACCCACAGGCACCGAGGUCAAGGCGUGA